UCGAACAUUCAUGAUUCACUUCUUCGAGCUUCGGCAUUCGGGAGCUUCGUGAUCUACAACCUUUUUUUAGAGUUUGGGUACUUCGGACCACUGAUGACAAGACGUUGCUUAUAGGUUGUUUUCCUUCGUUUUCAAUGAACAUAGUUUGUAGAGCUGCGUAGGCUGCGAUUACAUUGGAGAUGGGUGGAAUUGCUGAGAGAGAGCACCUGUACCGCCUUAUGAUCAGUCAACUGCACUAUGAUGGUUACGAAGGCGUUGCUGCGACAUUGCUCCAAGCGUGUGGAGCGCUGCCAGGCAUUGCGCCGUCUCAGCGGCUGUUCACGGCCGUUCAGCGGGGAUUCGAAGCCGACGAUGAAAAGCUCGGCGGUCCACCGAAGGAGAAGCCGAGCCAGGCCAUCACGCAAGCCUGCCUGGACCUGCAGUUUGACAGUGAAGACACAAAGUGCUCACCGUCUCCAGCAGUAUACGACAUGCUGUACGCGACGUCACACAAAGCGCCGUGCAAGGUCGCCUGCUUCAACGGCUCUGGUCGAUUGGCUGCUACAGGAUCUGCAGAUUCAUCCAUCAAGGUUUUAGAUGUUGACAGGAUGCUGGCUAAGAUGCACAAAGGCACAGAUGAUAUCCAUCCGGUAGUACGAACUUUCUAUGACAACACAGACACGGUUACAUCGCUGCAGUUUCACCCGACGCAGGAGAUCUUAGCAGCGGGCAGCCGUGACUGCACUGUCAAGCUGUUUGAUCACUCAAAGUCGGCGGUGAAAAAGGCACUUAAGACAAUCCAAGAAGUGCUGCCCGUAACAUCUAUUUCCUUCCACUACUCCGGCGACUAUAUGCUCGUAGCCACGCAACAUCCGACACUACGACUGUAUAACGUCGCGACUACGCAAUGCUACGUAUCGUGUAAUGCAGCCGACCAGCAUCACGGAGCAGUCACAUCGGUUGGUUAUGCGUCCGAUUAUAAUGUCUAUGCAAGUACAUCCAAAGAUGGUGCAGUGAAGUUGUGGGACGCUGUCAGUAAUCGCUGUAUCAGCACGUGGGCAGCUGCGCACGGCGGAGCAGAGGUCUCGUCCGCCAAGUUCACCAAGAAUGGAAAGUAUCUUCUAACGGCAGGAAAAGAUUCGAAUGUUCUGCUAUGGGAGCUGUCAACAGGCCGUGUUGUGAAUGCGUACAAGGGAGCAGCACAGGCAUUGGUCAGUUCGCCCGCCGUCUUCAACCACACGGAAGAUUUCGUGAUGAUGGUGGACGAGACGUCGACUUCGUUCGCAUCCUGGGACUCUCGCACUGGCGAAAUGCAGAGACCACUUGCGUCAGGCCACACAAAUUCAAUAUCGUACAUGGCCCAUUCGCCCAUCAUGCCAGCGUUCAUCUCCUGCGGCGACGACUUCAAGAUGCGCUUCUUCUACCACCACAGCAACACGCUAUAACCAUGACUAUGAGAGCGUGCGCCUCUAUCUAUAUCAUCAUGUCCCCGUCACCCCACACGUCUGCCCUGCUGUGCUUUCCCACCCCCUGCCAUCCUGUGUACACAGUUAUUGCUAAGCUGGCUGGCUGGCUCCGGUACCCAUGCUUUUCUUUCUUUUACUGCUUCUUUCUGUGCUCCAUGUAAAAAAAUUCUGUGCUUUGUGCGUGUGUAGUUCUCUAAAAACGUUUUUUGUUUGUUUCUGCUUGUAUAUAAUGCUGUCCCUGCUCUUUCCCCAAUGUCCUUGUAAAUACAUGUGCAUGAUGAGUGUGUGCGUGCGCGUGUGUGUGUGUGUGUGUGUGUGUGUGUGUGUGUGUGUGUGUGUGUGUGUGUGUGUGUGUGUGUGUGUGUGUGUGUGUGUGUGUGUACUUGUGCAUGCUUGUGUGUUCUACAAGCGUACCACACAAGCAUACCUGCAAUGUAAUGCUUGUAUGAGCACUGUUUGGCUUGAGCGCGUUCUUGCUUCUCUUCUUUCGGAAAGUUUUCGCAUCACAUUCUGAACCAUUUUCGUAUAUUCAAACAUAAAAAUUUAA